CAAAUUAUUUCAGGUCAUGUAGCUGUACAAUGGAUGGCUAGAAAUGCUCAAGUUACUUCUCCUAAUUGUCUCUUCCACAUUACUGUCAGCGAAGAAUUUUGAAACAGCUAAGGAGGACCCUAUUGAUGACUUUUCUAUAAUAGAAGAUAGAGUUUAUGUUACCACACCAAAAAGGACUUACCUGUUGAACAAUUCAUUGUCAAGGGUUAAUGAUUUUUCUAAAAACUUCACCAAAUCUUUGCUGUUCUUUGCAAAUUCAGACUUCCUGCUGGAAUGUGGAAGUAAUUUGACAUCAUCUGAUGAUUGUUGCUUUUUGAGAGAUCCCCUGACUUUAACAAGCGUUGCGAGCACUAACGAUAGAGGACUAUGUAACCAGUUCCAGCUGAACAGAUUCCACUACCCUUGCUACAGUACAGCGGCCAAUGGAGCUGGCAAUAAUUUCUAUAUGCUGGUGUCCUACUUCAUUCUACCUAAACAAACAACUGGGAGCUUUUCGAGAAUUUGGUUUCCUCAUGUCAGCAGUAACAAACUUGAUUACGAAGAAAAACACAUCAAUGGACUACAAAAUAUAAGACAAUUCCGUUCUCAGGUAUUAAGUCCUGCGCCCACUAAAUUUCAAACCUAUGUGGUGAUUAGGAAGUCGUCUACUAAGCAGAGCGCAUUUUAUUUCAACCCGGAUAUUGAACGGCUUUCUGGAAAUCCUGUUGCACUUCUGAAUUGUGAUAGCAACGCAGAUAAGAUCGCUCUUGGGUUCGGAUUGAAAGGAGGAACUUCAUCUAAAGUAGGAAAUAUUCUUUCUGCUGGUAAACUCACUCAUUUUGUGCUCUACAACAACGAUAUAUCUCAAUAUAGAAUCUGCUCAUACACUGAGGAUACUGAGAUGAAGCCAUCAGAUAAUCAGAGAGAUUUGAUUGAAUUAAAUAAAAAUUCCUUGUUUACAACUGAUACUGGAAGUGAUGAUAUAAAGUCAUUCAAUGGACGACUCGUCAAUGAUGAACUUGUGAUACUUUAUUCAAUUGGACCAACUGUGUAUAAGAUUGUCUUGUCCGAAAAUGACGCUUCAUUCCGAUCUCUUGGGAUUCUGAUCACCACUUCUGAGGAAAUCAACAAACUGGAAUUUUUCAACGAUGAAUUGGUUUACGCAUCGUCAAAUUUGACCAUCGUAAGCUUCGUGCCUCACCAAUGUGGAAAGUAUGCAGACUGUGAAUCUUGCACUGAACUAAGGGAUCCUCACUGUGGCUGGUGCACUCUUCAAAACGAGUGCACGACACUGUCUCAGUGUACGAUUAAACCGGAUCUGUGGACCAAGAGCUCGUCAGAGUGCCUAGAGAUCGAUAUCACUGAUGAUAACAUCGAUGUUAUGUCUGGUAUUAAUCUGAACGUAUCCGCGCUAUACAUCACCCUACCCACCGACCUGAAGUACACGUGUGAGUUUACCAGCCCAACAGAUCCAGCAGAGGUACACAUUACUAACGGUUCUUACAGUGGCUCUGAGAUACACUGUGCUGUUCCGGUUAUAUCCCGUAUCAAUUCCGGACUGAUGUUGUUAGAUGUCAGUAUAUUGUACGAGAACGUUUCAAUUGGAAUGAGCACAGUUCGUUAUCAUCGUUGUGAUCUGUACACAGAAUGUUCUAACUGCAGUGGAGUUAACAAGUUUUGCUCCUGGUGUCCACUUGAAGGGACGUGUAGUAAGGAGGCGGAUGCUAUCUGUGUUGAGUACAAAGUUACUGCCCCGGAAAACUGUCCAGCGAUAACGGAAAUACAGCCUCCUAAACUGUCACGUGAUACGAUAAAAAAUGUUGUCGUAAAUGUUGACUACCUUCCCGAAUACCAGUUUAGGGACGUUUAUCAAUGUAUGAUAUCCAGUCGUUUGAACAGUUCGCUAACACGACUCUUCAAAAUCUCCGAUUCAUCAACGAAUGAUACAGUUUUCUGUGAUGGUGUUCAGGUCGACCAGGAGUUCCCUGAGUACAAUGCAAAAGAAAGUAAAAUCGACAUAAGCAUCGUCUAUGGUGCUAAAGGUGAUAACGCCGGAGUGAUUGUUGUUGUAAGCCAACUGACAGUAUACGCAUGUGGACUGCUGGCAAGUGACUGCGUCCAGUGUGUGGGUCUCUUCAGCCACGCAGAGUACAACUGUAGGUUCUGUACUGACCGAUGUGCUUAUUCUGGCGAAACUAUUUGUGAGGAUGAAUCUAUCGCCGAGGACUCGACCAAAUGUUUACUGAAAAACACCGAGAUACAACAGAUUGUACCAGAUUGGAGCCCAGGAGAAGGAGGUGUCCCGAUUACUUUAACCGGUAAAAGUCUGGCCGUAGCAGCUCAGACUAUCGAGAUACAGUUCAUAGUUCCUGAUGGUAUUGGUUCUGGUCGGACUAUCGUCUGUCAGGACUCCACGAUUAUAGACUCGACCGAGCUGCGAUGUAUCACACCCAACAUCAUAGAGGAACUAAGUCUGGUGUCCCUGUACGAUGCUAAAUCUACUACCGUCACUAUUCAGUACUCGGGUAGUGUGGCUCCCCACAAGUCUGACAAGGAAUUCUUGUUCGCGCCGCUGGACAUCUCCAACGUGAUCCCUAGCAAAGGCCCAGAGUCAGGAGGAACUAGGAUCACAGUGAACGGGACUAGGAUUUGUGUUCCAGAUCACACUACUGUGACCAUCGGGGACGGCAACAACUGUGAGGGUGUCAGCUGCAACAUCACAUCACAGUCCCUGGAGUGCAUUGCCCCAUCAGGAGCUGAUAACCAGACAGUGACUGUGUACCUGGGAAAUGCUAACACCACCGCUAGCCAGAGCUUCUCCUACGGACCUGAUCCUGUAGUGGACUUGGUCCUGCCUGAUUGUACUCUUCUCCAGGGUGGACUGAACAUCACUGUACAUGGAAGUAACUUUGACAUCAUACAAAGCCCUCAACUGGUAAUAAAUAACGAGAACACCGUUACCAAGAGAAGCGCAAGUUAUGACGUCACGUGUGGCUCCGAUGACGUCACGUUUAUUGAGGCUGUGGAGAGGAAUGAUAGCGAACUUGUGUUCACUCUUCCUGCUAAUACGUCUGAGUCUUACAGUUACAGCUUCAAGAUGGACGGGGUAAUAGAGCUCUGUCAGACUAAAAGAAUAAUGACCGUCCUGGAUUCUCCAACUGUUAUCAGCAAUAACUUUGAUGGUGGGAUGAACAACACUCUGAUUUGUGACAUUGGGUCACCCUGCCACAUCAACAUGACCAUGACUCAGAUUCACAGAUUUGGAGACCAAGUGAUGAUAAUGAUCGGAAAGUUACCGUGCCACAACGCUACAGUUCAUGUGAUCGACGAUAGUGACGGACAGUUGGGGAGAUUUGUGUGCGUUGUACCUACCGUGGAGGAAGUGAAAGCGAGUAUAAACCAUCCUCCACCAGAGGGGCGAACCAAGCGAGCUUUACUUGGGGAUCAGGAAACAGACCGCUUUCCAGUGAAGAUGAAAAUUGGACUUUACGAGGAUUCCUUAGGAACUAUCGCCUAUGUAGAAAAGGGAUUCCAGAUGUUGUGGAUUUACAUCGGUGCAGGAGUGGUGGCGGCCUUCAUGGCUAUAUUCAUCAUACUGGUGGUAAAGAAUCGCCACGACAAACAUCACAUAAUUGACUUGGAGAAGAAGCAUCAACAUGAGAUUGACAAAGUGGAGGCGUCCUAUGCUAAGACUGCUCGGCAAGAGUUCACGGAGUUGACGCUGAUGACGGAUCACUCAGCAAGUAUAAAGAUCGAUCCCCGUGAAAUACCGUACCGAAUCUACUGUGACUAUUUGGUUCAUAUCAUGUUCCCGAAUGUGGAUAAAAAGAAGAUACUCAACAAUCUCCAGCUUGACCACUGUGAGGUCCCAGACUACCAGAUCCAAGAGUUCACCAAGUUCCUCAACAACCAACAGUUCCUCAUCACUUUCAUAGAUGUCAUUGAGAGACAGCGAGAGUUUCAGGUGGCACACAGAUGUGAAGUGGCCUCCUACCUAACCAUAGCGCUGUACAGUGACUUCAGCUACCUCUCCAAGAUACUCUUCACCCUGCUAGACAAGCUCAUACUCAACGAUAUCAACAAAACUCCAAAACUGCUACUCAGGGCCACUAAAUCUGUGGCGGAGAAGCUGCUAACUAAUUGGUUAUCUCUUGCACUAUACGAUUACCUGUGCACUAUGACGGGACCACCCCUCUACGAUCUGUGUUACAAGAUACUUGUGACUGUGGAGCUGGGUCCACUCGACUUCGUCACUCACCAGGCCCGAUUUGCUCUGUCUCAGGAUAAAAUUCUUAGCGAGGAGGUUGAUUACGAGAAGUUGGAAGUACAAGCUGAAGGGCCUGAUGGAACCCGCUCUAAAAACCCCGUCCUCCUCCUGGAUUGCGACACAAUAACCCAAGUCAAAGGGAAGUUGUACCGGGAUAUCUACCGCCACCAGCCCUACUCUCAACAACCCCCACUAGAGACCCUCAGUCUCCUCUGGACCCCACAGUCCGGCCAGUCUGGCUCCAUGGAACUAUGUGAUCACGAUGAGAGGAUGGGUGAGAUGGGAUCAGAAAAGAAAUUCAACACUCUGAAGACCUACAAAGUACAAAAUAACGAUCUUCUCGCCCUCACCAUGUUCAAUGACUACCAUCAAGCUCCUAUGAGCACUAUUCGCAGUGUCAAGAGACAGACUGUGUCAGAGGUUUCAAGGUAUCACCUAGUGAAGAACAUUAACGGUGAAAUGGACUUCAGAUCGCCCGCCGUGAACAAGCGGCAGACAUCUUCCUCAUCCACCACUACUUGUAAGAUUGCGAGCGAAGCUUUCCUUCCCUCCCUCAUUCGAACCAAGGAGCAUUUGGGAAAAGUUCUAAACUCGCUGAUGUCGACUGUUUUCAUGGAAAGCAACAACAUUCCAGCGGCAAUUAAAUGUCUGUUCGACUAUCUGGACAGCAAAACGGACUUGCUAAAUCCUACAGCUAGGCAGGAUCCAGAAAUAGCUCAUGUCUGGAAAACAAACAGUUUACCUCUGCGAUUCUGGAUUAAUAUUUUCAAGAACCCACAAUUUUUAUUCGACAUCGAGAAGCCCCCUAUAAUGGACUCCUAUUUGUCCGUUAUAGGACAGUGUUUCAUGGACUCCUUCUCUCUCGCCACCAUGACAUUGAAUAAGGAUUCCUCUGCGAAUAAACUGGUUUACAAUAAAGAAGUUAACCAAUACCGAAAGGCAGUCGACAAGUGGUAUCGAGACGUACGGCAGGCUCCAACAGUCACACUCCGCACCGUCGUGGCGGACAGCAAACUCCCUGCUCUACCUUUCCGGACAAAGUUUGCCGUGUCCCAACUCUUCAACUACGCCAAGAAGUACCAGUCAGAAAUAGCAGCUGCGCUGCCCACCCAGGGACAGCAAUUUACCAGAUCAGAUUUUGAAGUUUUAACCAAGCCAAGGUCGUGAUUUUUACCGUAGUUGUUGUUUGACGCGCGCGCGAGUCCGAAGACGGAGGAACCUUCGUCUCGUGGUAUAAUGGGGCUAUUUUUAUAUUUCACCUCAUCGGCUUACCGUGUUAUGAUCCUUUUUAGAUUUAUCUUUUUUACGGAGAUUAAAAUAAUUUGUAUGUUAUUGAUGUUAUUGAUAUGUUACGGUGACGUUAGUUGAGUAAUGAGCCUUUUGUAUAAAAAUGUUGAUAGACGAAUUUAAGAAAAGGUUUGUUUUAUGGAUAACUGCUCAUCCAAAUCUUGAUAUCAGCUCUCAACAAAGUUAUCUAACAUUUAAAAUUUAACUUUUAAGGGAAACACUUUCUAUAUUAUUAGCAGUUCAGUUAAAAUCAAAUCUCACCACAUGCCCUGCAUGCUUUAGAUUUUUAUUUUCCAGUUGUACUAAAGAAAUCAGUCUUAUUUUAAUUAUUAACUUUUUGCACUCAGUCAAACUCUAACUUCUUAUUGAGUUGAUAGUAAAGAUGUUAUGUUUAGGAGAUUAGGUUGAAAUGGUGCGUUAUGUGCCACUGAUUGGUUACAGUUGCCAGUCACUAUUCAUAAACAAUAAAAGUGUGGUGCUCUCACUCCUCAGUUUAUGUAAUGGUGUUUAUCAUUUAUUGUUUAUAGUCCAAACCAGUUUAUAUAAUGUAAGCAGCAAACAAGGCCACAUUCGCCAUGUGGCAAGAAAAGAUAAUAAUGAACUCGGUAAAGCUAAAGAGCAGACGAAAUUGGAAAUGGCGUUGUUAAGCUAAAAGGUUUUUGUUUCUCGGAAACAAUGUUCCUACUGAAAAUCAAAAUUCAUUGGCCACAUUUACCGUGUUAACUUUUCGUAUAUUUUGAUGUUUUUAUUAAAUGUCGAUGACCGACCAUGACUAUAGAAUUAGAUUGAUGUCUAAUCAUUA